CUUUCUCUCUCCCCUUUCUUUCUCUUUCUCUCUUAUAUAAGUGAGUUUAGCCUGUAUCCUGUCUAAACACCCCAGGUGAGUCUCUAAAGAGGAGCAUCAGAGUUGAAAUACACAGUCACAGAUUGUUGAUAAUGAAAAACAAACGUGGUGCAUCUGUCGAUGACGCUGCCUAUCCUGUACAGGAGUUGGCUAGCCCACCUCAAUCAGUUCCAAUUACCAACCUUCAGACACAGCAAAACAGCCAGGGACCCCAAAUUGUCCAAUAUGCAACCACACCUGGUGUAGCUCCAAUGCCCACAGUUUACACCCCACAACCUGUACCAGUAAGUCAGACAGGGCAGUCUUCAUACACGACUGGUGGAGGAAUGCCAAUUCCUCCUCCACCAUAUGAAGCACAACCAGUCCAGGGUUCCUCAUUUGUACAUCAGACAGUCCAGCCUACACCUGUUCCAAUGCCUACAGUUUAUGCACCACCCCCACCAGGUUAUAUGGAUACGAAACCUUCUGCACCACAACAAGACAAGAGUCCAUGCAUAAACGUGACAGUCCAGUCUACGGUUGCACCUACAUUCUCUGAUCCACAAGUUAUGGCUCCAUCUCCAAGCCAAACUGUGCCACCUGGGCCUGGUGUAGCCACUCAACAAAGCGUACCAGUCAUGUCUCCACCUGUAAACCAAACUGUGUCUCCUGUGCCUGCUAUUAUUAUUGCUGCGGCCCCCCAUCUGAGUGAUGUACCGGGGCAAGCAAAAUGCCCUCAAUGCCAACAAAUGGUUGUCACGCGCACAGAGUAUGUUAAUGGCCUGCUGGUCUGGGCCAUCUGCGGAGGUCUUGGCAUUUUUGGGAUCUGGCCAUGUUGUUUGAUCCCUUUCUGUGUGAAGGCAUGCAAGGACGUAGAGCAUCACUGUCCGCAGUGCAACAUCGUCAUCUACAAAUAUAAACGAAUGUAGCUUUUUCUGUGAUAAAAGAAUAUUCGGGAAAGAAAGCUUCAAACACAAACCAAAUUUGUUCCAAAGCUUUAAUAAUAAUAAUGUUUCAACCUUCACUGGACAUUAAUGGAGUCUACAAUAAUUCAUAAAAACAUAAUCAUGACAUGAUGAAAAGUU